AUGUUGUUUUCAUCAGCCAGGGAAAUUCGACGUAAAGAAGUUAUGGAACGACACCAAGUACUAGAAAGAAUAAUUGAAACUAUUAAGUGUAUCGGAAAAAAUAGUAUGAGUUACAGAUCUCAUACAAAUGAAUCUUCAUAUACUUUAGAAAAUAAUAAUGUGAGUCUUGGCAACUUUUUAGAAAUAUUAUGUUUAAUAUCAAAAUUUGACGAUGUUUUAAGACUUCAUUUAGAAAACGUAAUUAAUAAAAGCAAAAACAGACUUGAAUCAAAUUCUAGUAUAACUAAAGGCAGAGGAAAUCUUAUCACCUUCAUUUCAAAAACUACAGUUACAUAUAUCAUACAAAUACUUAAAUCAUUAAUACAAGAAAACAUUGUAGCAGACAUAAAAGAAGCAGGAAUAUACUCUAAUAAUAUCUCUAUCCCCUCAGGUGUCCCACAGGGAGGUCAUAUUUCGCCACUACUUUUUAUAUUGUACAUGAAUGACGUUGGCUUAGUUUUUAAACAUACACAGUUUAGUAUGUUUGCCGAUGAUUUAAAACUAUUUUAUAAUAUUAAUUCAUUAGAUGAUGGCUCUAAAUUACAAGACGACUUUGAUAAUUUCAAAGCCUGGUGCUAUAAUAAUGGUUUACAAGUUAACAUUAAUAAAUGCAAUUCCAUCUCUUUUUUUCGUACCAAAUCUCCGCUCAAUAUUGCUUAUUACUCCUACAAUUACCUUUUACCUAAAGUGGACUCUAUUGAAGAUCUUGGAGUUAUUUUUUCUAGUUCACUCUCUUUUACUGCGCACAUUCAAUCAAUAACUAUAAAAGCAUCACGAUCACUUGGCUUUAUUAUCAGAAACACUCGCGAUUUUAAUAACAUUGUAUCAUUAAAAAUUCUUUAUUUUUCUCUAGUACGUUCCAUACCUGAAUAUUGCUCCAUUUUGUGGAACCCUUACCAACUUGUAUGGAUAAAUAAUCGAAAGAGUUCAAAAUAA